GCUGCAAGAACAACCUUGCACUUGUCUUAAAAGAUCGCGACGACAAGACCCGCUUCGACUCCCAGAAGGCGGAGCAGCUCUAUCGCGAGGCGCGUGCCGGUGCGACGUCCCGUCUCGGCCUGGAUCACCCAGACACGCUAACCUACGAGCACAACUUGGCCGUCUUGCUGGGAAACAACUCCGAAGAGGCGGAGAAGCUCUACCGCCAUGUGGUGGAGGGCAGAGAAAAGCGGCUGGGGCUGGAGAACCCAGACACGCUGCGAAGCCUCAGCAGCUUGGCGUGCCUCCUCGAGGUCAAAGGGGACAUGCAGAACGCAAAGAAGAUGCAGUAUAUGGCCUACAAGGGCUUGCAACUGAGGUUGGGGGAAGACCACCCCCAUACGUUGACCUGCAUGAACAAUCUGGCCACUCGGCUUGCAGCUUUGGUUUUCAAGAUCCGAUCCUUCUUUCUUUUUCCGAAAGCUUGGCGAACGUGA